AUGGUUUCUGCUUCUGGGUUUUCUGCGACGGAGAUGGGACAGCGACGGAGGUGGAUGGUUUCUGCUUCUGGGUUUUCUGCGACGGAGAUGGGACGGCGACGGAGGUGGAUGGUUUCUGCUUCUGGGUUUUCUGCGACAGAGAUGGGACGGCGACGAAGGUGGAUGGUCGGCGACGGAGGUGGAUGGCGGCGGAAGACGGUGGUGGGCGGUGGUUGGUCAGCGACGGAGAUGGGAAGACGACGGAGAUGGUUACUGCUUCUGGGUUUUCUAGUUACCCUGCAUUUUGAUAUUCCUACAUACCAGCCCGUUGGUAAUGUUCAGGUGUCCCCAAAUUCUGGAAGGAGGACAUUUAUUCAAGAUGUUGAUGAUUUGAUUAAACCUCAGAUGUAUAUGCUGUUUGAUUCGCUGGAAAAUGCCUUUCUUUUUUACCAAAGAUAUGCUAAGGCGGGAGGUUUCACAGUAAGGAAGGGUACUCAAUACGAGCCUCGAAAGGGUGUAAUACAUAAUAUAUGGUCCGUAUGCUCAAAAGAGGGUACUAAACCCUUAAAGGCGAUUGACUCGACUCAGGAAGCUGGUAGUUCUAAUGUUAACUCGAAGUCUAAGAUUACUCGCAGGGUUCCUUCUAUAAGGACCGGAUGUGAAGCGUGCAUUCGGGUUAAGUUAAACCUGGAUAAUCUUUACUUUGUUUAUCACUUCGAGGAGUCGCAUAAUCACUCAUUUGUUGCUGAAGAUGACAGGUACUUGCUUCCUGAAAACAGAUCUAUGAAUUACGUACACGAAGAAGCCGUGAAUGCUUUGAGUGCCAUAAACGUUGGUCCAGUUAGAGCGUUUAACAUUAUGAGGACUCUUUAUGGAGGUUUUGAUAAGGUAGGUGCCACUAAAGUUGACAUCAAAAACUUCAAGAGAGACUUAAAUAGGUAUAUAGCUGAGUACGAUGCUGACAUGGUUAUCAAGCGCCUAAGAAGGAAGAAAGAAUUUAUGCCAAAUUUCUCUAUGGAAUACCUUACAACUGCCGGUGGCGUUUUACGUGCGUUGUUCUGGGCCGAUGGUGAUUCAAAGAGAAAUUUUAAUAUUUUUGGGGGUGUUGUGUCCUUCGAUGCUACUUAUCGUCGUAACAAGUACAAUAUGAUGUUUGCACCUUUUAUCGGCGUUGACAAUCACUAUCGUAAUGUUACCUUGGGUGCUGCUAUAAUAGGGGAUGAAACUGCCGAAACAUAUAGCUGGUUGCUUAACGCAUUUCGGCAGGCGUUUGGGCGCGCACCACCUGUGAUUGUUGGCGCCAACCUAUGCAAUAGCACCGAUUUUAAGAAGAGGUUGUGUGAUAUUGUUUGGACUGAUGCAUUACUACCAGAACAGUUUGAAACCGAAUGGGGUGUUAUAUUGGCUGAUUUUGAUUUGGUGAAUCAUGAAUGGUUACAGUCAAUUUAUCAGAUUAGGGAUACAUGGAUCCCUGCGUACUAUCGUGAUCAACACAUGUCUGGGCUGAUGCGUACCUCAUCACGUUCGGAGAGUGAGAACCAUUUCUUUGGGCAGUUUUGCAACCCGAACUGUACGCUUGUUGAAUUCUUGGGGCAUUUUGAUUCUGCAAUUGAAGCCCAAAGACACGAGCACAGGAAGAAUGAUCACGAUACUAGGCACACGAACCCCCAAAUAUUUGCAAAAGAGUUUGUCUUAGAACAACAUGCGGUAAACAUAUACACACGGACAAUUUUCUUUGAUGCGCAACUUGAAAUUCAGACAGCCAUUCACAAGUGUGGUAUUGGAAAAUGGGAUGAUAGAGAGGAUAACUUUGUGAACAUCUCUGUGAAGGACUUUUCUCAAACGUGUACUACAUUUUUUCAGGUUAUGAUGCGGCAGCUAGACAUGACCGUGAGUUGUUCAUGCAAUAGGCAGUUCCCUGAAAGGUAUAUAAUGCGACGGUGGACCAGGGAAGCUGUUCCUAAUAGUGCCCCUGGAGCGAUAUUAGGGAUUAGCGAAAGUGAUGAUCGGUACCAACAAGUUAAUGGUGCUGUAAGGGAGAUAACAAGGUCAGCCGAGUCUCUUAUUAACAGGUUGGUUCAUAACUUUGAUGCGUUGUGCGCUUUUAGGGACCAUGUUGUCCAGUAUCAAUCGACCGCUGAUCAGGCAGUCGUAAACUCACCCCCUAGGAGUCGUCGCGAUAGGUUUGCUGAAAUAACUGGAUACACGCAAGAAACACCUGUAACUGUUCGCAUGCCGAAAUCCGUUAGAUUUAAAGGUAUGGGUAAACCUUCCAGAAUCAAGAGUAAUCGUGAAAUUGCCAUUAUUCAAUCUGCGAAGAAAAAAAAAGGGUCGUGA